AUGCUUCCAAAUAAUCAGCCCACAUUUUUCCUUAACAAUAAUAACAAUAAUAAUUCGAUUUCGAAUAGCAAUUUGAAUCAGAUCCAGAAUCGAAUUCCAAUUGUGAGUUUACCUAAUAUGGAUUAAUUUUAAUUGUUUUUUUUGGUGCAGCUUCCACCUUAUUCCAUAUUAUCUGCAUUUUAUGCGUUAUCAUCUAGUUCAGCUAUGAUGGAUGAGAUACAAAAAUCGACGAAAAUUGUCCCGCAAAAAUAUAACAGUCCUGGUCGACCGCUUUGCAUUGAAGAUCGAAAAAGGAUUGUGAGAUUAUAUGAGGAAGGUAAUCGAGUUAGUCAUAUUGCACGAAUUAUUGGAGUAACUCAUAGUUGUGUCAGCAAAAUUAUGUCGAGGUGAGCACUUACUUAAAUGGGUAUAAUUUUUCUUGAGACUUGGUACCUUUUUUUAUAAUUUUUGUGAAACAAUCUUUUGAUCCUCUUAUUCUUGAGGUAGCCUUUAUGCCUCCCCCUCUCACCGCAAAAAAAUCUUAUCAAUCAUUUUAAAAAGGUAUCGACGAACAGGAAGCGUUCAACCGAGAAGUGCUCGUCAUGUCGUUGAACAAAUCAAUUACCCGGUUCCAAAGCGUGACACACCUUUGCCAUUUUCAAUAGAAAGGUUGGAGUUUGUUUUUAGUUUCAAACUUAAAUAGAUUUUUUAAUGGAAAAAUUGAAUGACUUAUUGUUAACAAUUUCAAAAUAUCACGGUAUUAAAAAACAAUGUUUUGAAACGGUUCCGAAAAUUUCAAGAUUUCUAAAUUGUACUAUUCGAAAAAUGAAUCUCUACAAACUUUGAACUUUUUUCAGGCUACUCGCUGAUACAAAACCGCCAAUAAUCAAACCGGAAGCGUAA